AUGGCGCAAGUCAAGCCCUGGACCUACCGGCUUAGAGAGCAUUGCCAGGCCAGAGGGCUUGGAGAAAUUGUGUAUCAAGAUAUUUCGGAUCGUCGAGGCGGCCGUACAGCUUGGUCUACCAUCGCUGUAAUCAACAACACCCAGUAUCCAGCUCGCUUCUGGUACGACGGGGCCCGCAUGGAACAGGCGAAAGAAGACGCUGCUGAGAUCGCGUUGCGCAAUCUCACCGGAUGUACCGAUCAGAACUCGCAGCCUCCGCCAGCAAGCCAGUAUGGACGUGCACUUGCGGCUUGA